AUGUCUUGUGUAGGACCAAAAAAUAUUUACUUGUCAAGAUCUCUCGCAAGUUAUCUUGACAAGAAGUUGAUUGUAUUGUUGCGAGAUGGAAGAAAGCUUAUGGGCAUACUUCGUUCCUUUGACCAAUUUGUAAAUGUGGUGCUGGAAGGUGCUUAUGAACGAGUUAUAGUUUGUGAUAUUUAUUGUGGCAUUCCUCUAGGUCUAUAUAUUAUUCGAGAGGAGAAUGUGGUUCUAAUUGGCGAAAUGAAUUUGGAAAAGGAAGAACUUCAGCCUCACAUGACCUCUAUUUCAGUUGCAAAAAUAACAAUGACGCAAAAGGUGGAAAGAGAAGCUUCGGAUCUGAAAGGUACAAUGAGAAGGAGAAUGAAAUUCCUUGACAUGGAUUAAUUGAUGAUUCUUGUGAUUGUGUAUUUAUGAAUCCA